GACCGAUACCCGCAACCAUCACGAAGAUCCAUCUUCGUUACAUGUGUCGUCAAAGCGCGAAGCCAAGUCACUGAGUCACCACCAACCCUCUCCUCCUUCAUUUUUCAACCUUCCAACAACCCAAUGGAAAAUCAGGGAAAUGCUUUAUCUCUUCGCUUCGUCUUCUUCUUCCGCUUCUGCUCUUCUCUCUAAGGCACUAUCAGCCCACCGACUUACAAGGACCCUCUGCUAUCUCCAUCCCACCACCAUGUCCGUUAACUUGCAAACCCAUGCUUUUGCCGGCAACCCCCUGAGAUCCAAAACGCCAAAAUCAGAAGACCCUUUUUCACCCAAUUCGGCCGUCAAGACCCUUAAGACUCUGCUUUUGGAGGAUACCCAUGUCCUAUCUUCCCCUAAUUUUAAGGUACUGCCCUUCAGAAAGGGUAGGCCUUUGGCAACUUCGAGCGGCGGCGGCGAUUCCUCGCCGGUUUGGCAACUGGGUUGGUUCAGCUUGGCUGAUUGUAGGGGUUUGUUGGCCGAUUCUGAGAUUCAAUUGAGCGAAGACUCUCUGGUGUAUUUGGGAUCGCGGCCCGAGGAUGAUGUCGUGUACUGGGCAGUCGAUGUUUCGGCGGCUUCUGGUGGUUUGGUUGGUGAAUUGGGCAGCAGGCUGUUUUCUUUUGUUGAGCUUCGGACGCUAAUGGUUGCUACUGAUUGGGCUGAUAGUGGGGCCAUGGGGCAAUUGGCUGUUGCUGGACAUGCAAGGGCCUUGUUGGAAUGGCAUAGCAUAUCACGUUUUUGUGGACAUUGUGGAGGAAAAACUGUCCCCAUGGAAGCUGGGAGGAGGAGACAGUGCCCAAACGAGUUAUGCAAGAAAAGGAUUUAUCCUCGUGUUGAUCCAGUUGUCAUCAUGUUAGUCAUUGAUAGAGAAAAUGACCGAGCACUCUUGAGUAGACAAUCGAGAUUUGUACCCCGCAUGUGGAGUUGCCUGGCUGGUUUUAUAGAGCCAGGAGAAAGUUUGGAAGAGGCGGUGAGGAGAGAAACAUGGGAAGAGACUGGUAUUGAAGUGGGAGAAGUUGUUUAUCAUAGUUCUCAGCCAUGGCCUGUUGGGCCAAAUAGCAUGCCAUGCCAGUUGAUGGUGGGGUUCUUUGCAUAUGCAAAAUCACUGGAGGUAAACGUGGACAAGGAAGAGUUGGAAGAUGCUCAAUGGCACAGCAGAGAAGAUGUGAAGAAAGCAUUGACAUUUGCCGAGUACAGGAAGGCACAAAGAGCAACAGCAGCGAAGGUGGAGCAGAUGUGCAGGGGAGUUGAAAAAGGGCAGAGCUUAGCUGCAGAUUUCAAUGUGGAAAGUGGGGAGCUUGCUCCAAUGUUUAUUCCUGGACCAUUUGCAAUUGCCCAUCACCUCAUCUCUUGCUGGGCCUAUCAAGGCGCGUUGGAUGGUGUGGAAGUUCAUUUGAAACAUCCUUGUGGCUCUGUUUCAAAUUUGUAACAUGAGUCUUGUUCCAUCCUAAAGAGGGGUCGCGCCAAAUCUGUAACAUUUAAGCAUUCAUUUUUUUCUGUUUAAACAGGAAAACAAUUUCUCAUUUUAAAAAUUGAAAUAAAAUGUAUUUGUUAAAUAAUUACAAACCACAUCAAUUAUUAAUAUUUCCUAAAAA